CAGCCUGGCUAAAAUGGAGAACCCUUACAGGUGUGUUGUGUGAUGCCAAAAUGCCCAUUCGGCUGAAGGGCAAAGUCUACAAAACGGCAGUAAGACCAGCCAUGAUGUAUGGUAGCGAGUGCUGGGCCGUCAAAAAGCAGCAUGAACAAAAGAUGCACACGACUGAAAUGAGAAUGCUACGGUGGGCAGCCGGAGUAACAAGAUUGGACAGAGUGCGGAAUGAAUAUAUCCGAGGUUCUUUUAAAGUUGCUCCCAUAGUGGAUAAGAUGGUGGAAAGUCGUAUGCGAUGGUACGGUCAUGUAAUGCGACGGGACGAAAACAACGCUGUAAAGAAGGCCCUGGCUAUCCCGGAUAAAAAGAGAGGUAGAGGGCGACCGCCCGCCACGUGGUGGACAACCGUUGCUAAUGAUCUAGAACGAGCUCAACUGGACAAGCAGACAACCCAAGACCGACUGUCUUGGCGCCGUAAAACGAGGAGGGCCGACCCCAAAUAAAGGGAUAAGGCACGGCAGAAGAAG